AUGGAUACUAGCGACGCCGAGGGAGACGCGGCAGAUCCCGACGACAGGCCGACACGUAGCACCUCCCCUGCGACUGGGCUUCAGUUUCUCCGAGGUGUGCGUGAAGACAACGUGCGCGAUGAAGACGAGCUGGGCGACGGCGGUAUCGCAUGGAUGCGCCGUCCUCGCAAGGAAUGUGGCGGCAUGGAAGAUGCGAAUGACGAAUGGUGUCCUUCUCCGCGCCCGACGAAUGACGCUGCUGAGUCGGACGGUGUUGAGGAGUGGAUCGCCUCGCCGCGGAACGAGGUUGCUGCAGAGCCGGCUGAAACGGUUGCAACGCAGGUUGUCGAUGCGGCCACUCCUGAGUCUACCGGUUCAGUCGCUGUGAAGAAGCAUCGUUUUACGCAGCAGGUUUUGCAGUGGGGAACACCGCCGCCGAAGCCCGUCGCUCCACCUCCCCGUGCUGCCCCACCCCCCAUUCGUCCCCUUACAGACGAGGAGAAGAAGGAGAAGGCGUAUUUGAAGGCGCAGAAGAGCUACACGUCUGAUUGGCUGCCGAAGUUCGACUGGCUGAUUCUGGACAAGACGCCAGGGGGUCUGCAUGGAGCACGGGAAGGACAACGCGCGGUACGGUCGCAAUGGCGCUGGCGGUCGUGA